UUUUUUUUUAAGGAUUUCUCGUUUCAUCUCUUCUUGCGUGUGUGCGCGGCCUCUCUCUGUAAUCCUACUUCUCCGAAACCCAUCAGAUCUAGUCCGUCCAUUCUCAUCACCCUCUCUCUAUAAAUACCUACUCUCCCCCUACUGCUCUUUUCACUUCAUUGCCACCCUACAAAACAAGUCUCUCUCUCUCUCUCUCUCUCUCUCUCUCUCUCUCUCUCUCAAAAGAAGAUUCAGCAAUUUUGCUGUACUGUAUCUCUUUCUGUCUCUCUGUCUCUCGCGAGAAGAUCAGCAUUUCCUGAAUAAGUUAGGUUUUUUUCUGGAGAGAACCCACAUCAUGGAAUGCUUUAAGCUGUUCAAAGAGAACAAGGAUGGAGAAGGAAAGAUCAAGAAAGAGGAGGAGGUUUUGACCGGCGAUGGAGCUGUCGACUGCCACGGACGACCGGCGGUACGAGGGAAAACCGGAACAUGGGUCGCCGGAGUCUUGAUACUCGUGAACCAGGGGCUGGCGACGCUGGCGUUCUUCGGCGUGGGGGUGAACCUGGUGCUGUUCCUGACGCGGGUGAUGGGCCAGGACAACGCGAGCGCGGCCAACAACGUCAGCAAGUGGACCGGCACCGUCUACAUCUUCUCCCUCCUUGGCGCCUUCCUCAGUGACUCCUACUGGGGCCGAUACAAGACCUGUGCCGUCUUCCAGGCCAUCUUCGUCAUGGGCUUGGCCGCACUUUCGCUGUCAUCCUACAUAUUCUUGCUGAAGCCCGGAGGCUGCGGAGAUGAGCAGAUGCAAUGCGGGCCACACUCGACGUUCGAGACCGCUGUGUUCUACCUCUCCAUCUACAUGGUCGCCCUCGGGAACGGAGGGUACCAGCCCACCAUCGCGACGUUCGGGGCAGACCAAUUUGACGAGGAGGACCCUAAGGAAGGGCACUCCAAGAUAUCCUUCUUCAGCUACUUCUACCUAGCCCUCAACCUCGGUUCCUUGUUCUCCAACACCAUCCUCGGUUAUUUCGAGGAUGAGGGCGUGUGGGCGCUCGGGUUCUGGGUGUCCACGGCCUCAGCUGCGCUAGCGCUCGUCUUGUUCCUCUGUGGGACUCCCCGAUACAGGCACUUCCGGCCUAGGGGCAAUCCUCUAUCCAGGUUUUGCCAGGUCCUGGUCUCGGCGACACGGAAAUGCAGGAUCGAGAUGGAUCCUGCGGCAGAAGAUCUGUUCGAAGUGGACGGUGGAGAUAUCUCUGCUGGUGAUGAGAGGAGGAUUCUCCACACUACAGGAUUCAAGUUCUUGGACAAAGCGGCAAUCAUCACACCGAGUGACUUCGUUCAAGACAACAAGCAGCAACCUCACCACAAUAAUCCAUGGCGUCUCUGCAGAGUCACCCAAGUCGAAGAGGUCAAGUGCAUCCUGAGGCUCCUCCCCAUCUGGCUCUGCACCAUCCUUUACUCCGUAGUCUUCACCCAGAUGGCGUCCCUCUUCGUCGAGCAAGGUGCUGCCAUGAGGGCAACAGUCGGGGGCUUCCACAUCCCCCCAGCGAGCAUGUCGAGCUUCGACAUCCUCAGCGUCGCCGCCUUCAUCUUCAUAUACCGCCGCGUCCUCGACCCCGUCGUGGCCCGGGUCCGCACCAAGCCUCGCGGCCUCACCCAGCUGCAGCGCAUGGGGAUUGGUCUCAUCGUCGCGGUCCUUGCCAUGAUCGCGGCUGGCGCUGUUGAGCACUUCAGGCUGAAGUACGCGGACAAAAACUGCUUGAGCUGCGAGGGUUCAAGCUCGCUCAGCAUCUUCUGGCAGGUCCCGCAGUAUGUGCUGAUCGGGGCGUCCGAGGUCUUCAUGUACGUGGGGCAACUCGAGUUCUUCAACGGGCAGGCCCCGGACGGGCUCAAGAGCUUCGGGAGCGCACUGUGCAUGACCUCGAUCUCGCUCGGGAACUACGUGAGCAGCUUGCUGGUGACGAUGGUGAUGAAGUUCUCCGCGAGGGACGACAUGCCCGGCUGGAUCCCAAGGAACCUGAACAGAGGGCAUCUGGAUAGGUUUUACUUCUUGCUCGCUGCGCUGACGGCAGCAGAUUUCUUUGUCUAUCUUCUGUGCGCCAAAUGGUAUCAGUACAUCGAGUUCGUGAGGACGAGCGCGGAGGGCGAUGGCAACGGACACGGAGUCGGGGAGCUCAAUAAAGUGUGAAGGGGCUGGCGAAGAGAGGUGGUGUUUGUGCAUGUAAGAUUGAGUAUGUAAGUCGUGAAGACAAGUCCAAGGGAAGGGGUCAUAGAGAAGUGAAUUGAAUGGUGAGCUAUGAAACUUGGUGUGGUUCAUUUGAUGACUAUACCAAGUGGAGCUCCAUCGAUGCUUUUUCUGUGGAAAGUGUAUGGACAAUCGAUCUAAUUCAAGCUAGUUACUGAUUCAAGAGAUUGAGCUUAAA